GAGUGUUUAAGCGAGAGGGAGCCUGCCGCCUGCCAUGGCCACCGUGCUCUAUAAUAGAGCAAGAUUGGUCACCUACCUACCAGGGUUUUAUUCCUUAGUCAAAAGAGUUGUAAAUCCCAAGGCUUUUUCUACAGCAGGUUCCUCUGGCUCAGAUGAGCCUCAUGUUGCAGCAACACCUCCUGAUUUAUGUCCAAGAACUGUAUGGCCAGAUGAAGUAAUGGGUCCAUUUGGCCCUCAGGACCAGAGAUUCCAGUUGCCUGGUAAUAUUGGUUUUGACUGUCACCUAAAUGGCACCGCUUCUCAGAAGAAAAUCCAAGUUCAUAAAAGUCUGCCUGACGUAUUAGCAGAGCCUUCACCAAGUGAAAGACAUGAAUGUGUAAUGGCACAAUACAUAAAUGAGUUUCAGGGUUCUGAUGUUCCACAUAAGCAGCAAAUAAAUAGUGCUGAAACAUACUUUGAGAAUGCAAAGGUAGAAUGUGCAGUACAAGCUUGUCCUGAACUGUUACGAAAAGACUUUGAGUCGAUGUUUCCAGACGUGACUGCCAAUCGUUUAACAGUAUUAACUGUUACCCAGAAAACUAAAAAUGAUAUGACUGUAUGGAGUCAAGAAGUGGAGGAUGAGAGAGAAAUCCUGUUAGAAAACUUCAUUAAUGGUGCCAAGGAGAUUUGUUACGCAAUUUGUUCUGAAGGCUAUUGGGCUGACUUCAUUGAUCCAUCCUCAGGACUGGCAUUUUUUGGACCAUAUACAAACAACACUCUGUUUGAAACAGAUGAACGCUACCGCCACUUGGGAUUCUGCAUUGAUGAUCUUGGCUGCUGCAAAGUUAUUCGUCAUAUCAUCUGGGGUACUCACGUGGUUGUAGGAAGUAUUUUUACUAAUGCUGAACCUGACAGCCCAAUCAUGAGAAAACUGAGUGGAAACUAGCAUCCAACAGAGUUUCACAAGUUCAUGUAUGACCUCUGCAUUCUUUUACUUGGUGAUUCUCUAUAAGCAUUGUCAGGAAAUGCCAUGCUUUGAAGUAUUCUUACAUAGAUUAAAUAAAGUGUCUGUUAUUUAUUUUAGUCUUUGUGAAAUAUGUAUUCACCACGUGUGACUUAGAAUAUUGACAGUGUUUUAACAGAUACCUACAUCUGUCACGUGAAUUUUAAGCUGUGAGUUUUCUUCAUCUUGAAUGAGUUUUAAAAAGUAUGUACAUAGCUCCCUGUGUAUCCUUUUUAAAUACUAUAUCGCAAACCACCCGUAAGUGACUAUUUCAUCUGUCAGUGUCUCUGACAAAUCCAUGUUCUUUGCAUUAAAAAUCCUGAUGCUGUUAAUGUUUUUAAGGAAUUUUGCCAUUUACAGGAAUAAGGCUAAAGUUUCGUCUGUUCCCCCAAAAUGUGAAACUCAAAUUGCAGCAGUGAGUGUUGGACUAAUCACUCAUUCACUGCUCUGAAAGGAGAAUAACGAGAUAAGCUCUGUGAUCUGUAACUAUGAGUAAUACUUAAGUAGGAAAACGUUCACUUGAUUGCUACAUCAAGACACUCUUGGUAAAAAGUCUUAAAUUAUUCUAGAAUCAGUCAUCUCAAUGUUUUUUGUCUUCAUGGUGCUUGGGAUUUUAUUUUCUCAGCGUUAGAGCUAAAUAUGUAUAAUUUGCUUAUAUAUUCAAAUGCAAUUUAAAGAUAUUUUUGUAACUUUCUUAGGUAAUUAAAUACAUUGUUUUCAAAAAAAGAUAAUUGUCAGGGCAAUAGUUAGAUAUCAUCGACGUGUUUUUCCUGUACUUGGAUCUACUUGAGAUUUUUCUCUAAUUUUGAAAUGCCUGAGCAAAUGGCAAUUAUGAUCAAUUAUAAAAGUAUUUCAGUAGGAAGGCUUCAGUAAACAAGUCAGUCUAGGCAUUAUAAAAACCAUCACGUCAAUUCAAGUUACUGGAGAAAGAACAAGAACUGGAGAAGGAACAAGAAAAUUCAAGGUGUCUGAAAUUCCAACACUCUUUGUCAGCUGCCUCACUACAGAAACUAAGUAACAAACUAGAUUUUAAUCUCUCAGUCAAUUAUCAGGGCCAUUUGUUAAUACCCAACUGCUGUAGCUAUGCCAGUUGAUGCAACAAUGGGAAUCCUUUAGUCUUGAUUCAGUCAAAACGUAAUGCAACUCUUGUCUGGGUAAUGGCUGCAUAAGAAGAUACUUGGAGAUUUAGCUUCCUUUCAAGAAGCUAGGGGUUUUAUGCAUCAUAUCUUUUUCCAGUAUUGACAAUUACAUAUUUAAAACUCUUUUCCUGGGUUUGUAUACUACUUCUAAUCCCUACUCAGGGUCUAACCCACUUAUCACCACAGUCUUUUUGUUGGCUUUAAUGGAUUUAGAGCCAGCUCCCUUACUAAGUGCCUGUAUAUGUCCCUGUUAAUGAUUGCUGCAAGCUCAUGACUUUCCUCCGUUGUGGAGAUGGCAGUGGUGAAGAAUCUCUCCCCUGGAAAACUGAGUGCUGUCUGCUUUAAAUUCACUGUCACAAAGCCUCCAGUUCAGAGUUUACCUUGCUUUUACCUACCAUCGUUGUCGUUGCUGUUGGUUCCAGGCUGCACACAUUCCAAGGCUGAAGCAUACGGGUGCCGAGGCAGGAUUUGUUUAUCACUUUGUCAUGGACCUGGUGCUGUUUUUUGCCAGAGCCCCGGUUCUCUAUUGUCCAAGAAGUUUGGUGGGAUUUUUUUCUUUUUUGGACUUCAUCCUCAAGAGAAAGAUCCCCAAAAUAGUAGAGCGGGCUUUUCAUGAGGUGUUGUCUGUUUGCAAAGCCAAGUGAAACAGUCAUUUUGCAGAAAGCAGGUUACCUCGUUUGAUAAAAGAUGGUUAGUGUCUUGGUACACAAUAGAAAUACACUGUUGUAGAAGACUUCAUUGGAUAAAUAUUAGAAAAAUAAAUUCUGUGAAAUGGUUCAUAUGUAUAUAUUUUAACUCCCUUGGAGACGCUUAAUACUGUCUUUUUUUCAAGUGACUUUGCUGUACUUUUCUAUGUUUUGUAAUGCAAAAAAUAAUGUUUCAGGCAGGUAUCCAAAUAAACUUGGGACAUUAGGUUUUGAAUUCAUACCCUUUAAAGUUUCAUGCUGGAAAGCCAUACAGUGGCUUUUAAAAUGGUUUCAACUUGCUGCAGAACCUUGUCCUCACUGAAGAUAGUGGAAGUUUUGUCUUGACUUCACUGACACUAAUAUUUCAGGCCAGAAUUUGAGGGGAGGUAAGAUUUCCUGCUAUUUUACUAAAUGAUAACUUUUUCUGCUACAUACAUGUUUACUGAAAUUCUCAAAAGAGGCUAGUACUGAUCAAAUUCUACUUCCCUCAUAACAAAAUAAAUACAUUGUAUGUUAACUUGCUUCUAUGAAAUAAAAGUUCUUGAAUACAGUGUGAUUAACUUUACUUUUGAUAAUAAAAGUCAAAACAUUUU